AUGUCUUUCUUCAAGAAACUCAAGAGCGAGUUCGAGGAUAUGUUCGGUGAUGAUGACAAGAAAAGGGAAGAAAAGCCUUCGCAGCCUACUCAAGAUGCAAAGCCCGCCGAGAGCACCNNCGAGCAGACACGCGAUGUCAACCAGCCUCAGUACUCUUCGCCCGCUCCUCCGGACUCGUAUGCUCAGCAUCAGCAGCAGUCUUAUCCUCCACAGCAGCAGUAUCCUCCCGAGCACCAGCAGCCUUAUGGACAGCCCAGUCCUAGCCGUUACGGUCAGCCUAGUCCUGCUCCAUAUGGGCAGCAACCUCCACCUUCGGGACCUCCACCUCCCCAGGCUGGAGGCCAGCUUCCACCUGGUUGGGUCCAGCAGUUCGAUCAACAGAGUCAGCGCUUCUUCUACGUGAAUCAGGCUACUGGUCAGACUCAGUGGGAGAUGCCUCAGCACCCCGUACCUCAACACCAGUACUCGUCGNNCCUCCCCCCUCCCACUGGUGGAGCUUAUGGUGGUUACCAGCCUCCUCCAGCACAAGGCCAGUACGGUCAGCCAAGCCCCGCUCCUUAUGGACAAGGUCCCCCUCCUCCUGGCCAGUAUGGUUCAGCUCCUCCCCAGGGUGAUCAGUCCCGUGGCCAGGCAAGCUCGUUCUAUGACAGCUACGGCGGUGCCAUGCCUUCUGUUCCACCUCAGGGCCAACAUGACACCCGUGCCAACCAGUACUAUGGCGAUGUUGAGAACAAGGGCAAGGACAAGGAAAAGGACAAGAAGAAGAGCAGCGGUCAUGGCGCUGCCAUUGCUGGAGCGGCAGGUGGUCUCGCUGUAGGCGCUAUUGGUGGCGCGCUGCUCGCUGAUGCUCUGGACGACUCGGACGACGAGAAGAAGCCAGCCGCUGCUGCUCCCGCUGCUCCCAGCUACGCACCCGCCCCUACCAACUAUGCUCCUGCUCCCGACCCAUCGUAUAGAGGCUACGGUGCUUCUUCUCAAGACCCUUACGGCUAUAGCGCUCCUGCCCCUGUCGCACAGCCAUCUGGUUAUGGCGGAUCUGCCUACGAGCCAGGUCUGUACGAUGACGCACCUCUGCCAGAUGAGACACGUUCGGGAUCGUCUGUAUCGAGUAGCGACCGCGAGAGUCUUGAGGAGAAGCGUGAGGAAUUGCGCAAGAUGCAGGAAGAGUAUGAGGAAGAGUACGCUGAGACCUACGAUGACUAG